AUGCCUCUGCCUUCUCAGACCAUGGCAACCACUGAACACAACUUAAUUGCCGGGGUAGACGAAGCUGGACGAGGGGCAUUAGCUGGUCCAAUCGUCGUUGCGGCAGUAAUUUUGCCAACUUAUUUUCUAAUUAAAAGUCCUCGCGAAGUAGAAAGUAAGAAUCCUUUACAAGCUACCAAAGAAGCCAUGGUCGAAGCGGCUUUAAAAUUAAAAAAUAAACCUGGCUUGUGUUUAGUCGACGGCAAAGAAGAAAUAUUAAUUCCCGGCGUUCCAACCCAAAGCAUUAUCGGUGGUGACCGUCAAUCAAUUAACAUCGCAGCUGCUUCGAUUGUUGCCAAAGUUACCCGCGAUGCUAUUAUGAAAACAAUUUUUCAAUAUGGAAUUUGUUCCUUGCAUCGGAAAACUUAUGAACCAAUUAAAAGUUUAGUCAGUGGAUAUUUAGGAACUUUGCCGAUUAUUAACCCCGAAUGUGUUGAAUUGGCUCUGAAACUGGCUCUGGCUUUACAAGCAAAAAUCAGCCCAAUAAUUAUUUUCGACCGCAAAAUUUAUCAUUAUUAUGAUUUACCUAAAGGAUACCAAAUUACCCAAAAUCGCCAGACAUUAGCAAAUUCUGGCUAUUUACCAUUAAUUACUUCUAGUGGUAUUAAAAAUAUCCCCUUAAGAAAUUUGCAGUUAGAAGAAGAUACUGCCAAAUCUUUUUAUACCGAGGAAGGGAUAGAAUUAGAUUUUAACCGAGCAGGUAAUCCUUUAAUUGAAUUAACUACCGAGCCGAUUUUUCAUAAUUCGGAAGAGACGAUUCUUUUUCUCCGGCAGUUACAAAAUCUUUUGCGUUAUUUAGACAUUUCUGAAGCGAAAAUGGAAAAAGGGCAAUUACGGGUUGAUUUAAAUUUUUCUUUGAAUUUAGCCGACGAUUACCAAACGCCUCGCUACGAAGUGAAAAAUCUUAAUUCCUUUAAUGCCAUUGAAAAAGUUCUAAAAUACGAAAUUAAUAAACACCACCAAUUAUGA